CUCCGAUUUGAGCCUCGUACCUCGGCUCAAAUCUAGGAAACACGGAUCUUAGCAUCUUCACUUUCAUGUUCACCUCCACAUUGCGGAAGAGGAUUCCUCGAAUUCUUAAUGUUCGAUUUAGUUCGAGCGUAGAACCUCCGCCAGCCGGUGGACAUUUACCUUCAGUUGCAACCUCCCAGUUACUGAGGUCAACUCGCGAUACUGCCUUGCGUACUCCGGAUCUUGUUUGGGUCGAUGAAGGAAGCUCUGAGACCUCGGAAAGCUUAGUUGGUGGACGGGAGACACGUAAAAUGAACACCUACCAAGCCGUGAGGGAUGCGAUGAGUGUUGCGUUGACCAAAGACGACGACGCUGUCGUAUUUGGGGAAGACGUCGCGUUUGGAGGCGUAUUCAGAUGCACGAUGGGUCUCGCGGAAGAGUUUGGUCGUGAACGCGUAUUCAAUACUCCUUUGACGGAACAGGGGCUUGUUGGGUUUGGGAUAGGCCUUGCUAUGAUGGGUCACACCGCCAUUGCUGAAAUCCAAUUCGCGGACUACAUUUUCCCUGCUUUUGACCAGUUGGUCAAUGAGGCUGCCAAAAUACGUUAUCGCUCCGGAGGGCAAUACAACUGUGGCAAAUUGACCGUUCGCACACCAACCAUGUCUGUGGGUCACGGAGGAUUGUAUCAUUCACAAUCGCCAGAAGGUUUCUUCAUGGGUGUUUCGGGGUUAAAGGUUGUUAUUCCUCGUUCUCCCAUACAAGCCAAAGGACUCCUUCUAGCUUCCAUUAGAGACCCCAAUCCAGUCGUGUUCAUGGAGCCGAAGGUUCUUUAUCGUUCAGCAGUCGAACAAGUCCCUAUCGAUGAUUACACCCUUCCGCUCAGCCGUGCAGAAAUCUUGGUUCCUGGUUCCGACUUGACACUACUCUCAUGGGGAACUCCUCUCUACCAUUGUGAAACAGCAUUGCAUAUGCUAUCUUCCCCCGCUCCCACACUCGAACCUCACAUACCUACGUCGCUACGGACAGCAAAAAUAGAGCUUAUAGACCUUCGUACCAUCCUACCUUGGGAUGUGGACACCGUCGUAGAGAGUGUCAAGAGGACUGGCAGGUUAGUCGUUGUACAUGAAGCUGGAAUGACGGCUGGUGCUGGAGCGGAGAUCUGUGCCGAGGUUCAGAAGAGGUGUUUCUUAAAAUUGAAUGCUCCGGUCAGACGUGUCACUGGUUGGGAUACCCCUGCCGGUUUGCAGUUUGAGAAAUUCAUUAUGCCGGAUGCCAUUCGUGUGCUUGACGCCAUCGUUGAAACUCUGUCGUACUAGAAAAUGUUGACAAUGGGUACAACUUGGCUAACGAAUGUAUAUCAGUGAAUGCCUCACGCAAAGCAUUUCUUCC